CGCUGGGACCAGCCCUACGGCCUGCACGCUGAAUGGCUGCGCCGCUACCUGUAUCGGCUUCCGAUUGGAUGCGAGGCGCCUCCCUGGCGUGAUAGGUUAGGACCGCCGCCCCCCUGGCACCCCAUUGGCUGCUCGGCGAAGCCCGGUCUCCGGGUAAGAUGGCAGCGGACGGACAGUGCUCGCUCCCUGCUUCAUGGCGGCCGGUCACCCUCACCCACGUCGAAUAUCCUGCAGGUGAUCUCUCUGGCCACCUCCUUGCCUACCUGAGCCUCGGCCCUGUAUUUGUCAUUGUCGGUUUCGUGACCCUCAUCAUCUUCAAGCGGGAGCUGCACACGAUCUCCUUCCUCGGGGGCCUGGCUCUGAACGAGGGGGUCAACUGGCUGAUGAAACACGUCAUCAAGGAGCCGCGGCCCUGCGGAGAUCCCCACGCGACAGUGGGCACCAAGUACGGGAUGCCCUCCAGCCAUUCCCAGUUUAUGUGGUUUUUCUCCGUCUAUUCCUUCCUUUUCCUGUAUUUAAGAAUGCACCAAACGAACAAUGCCAGGUUCCUGGACUUGCUGUGGAGGCACGUGCUGUCCCUGGGCCUCCUCACCGCGGCCUUUCUGGUCUCCUACAGCAGGGUCUACCUGCUGUAUCACACCUGGAGCCAGGUGGUGUAUGGGGGCGUCGCCGGAAGCCUCAUGGCCAUCGCUUGGUUCGUCUUCACCCAGGAGGUCCUCACUCCUCUCUUCCCCAGGAUAGCGUCCUGGCCUAUCUCUGAGUUCUUUCUAAUUCGAGACACGAGCCUCAUCCCCAACGUCCUCUGGUUUGAGUACACAGUCACCCGGGCAGAAGCCAGGAACAGACAACGCAAGCUGGGGACGAAACUGCAGUGACUGGUGAGGGCGGCUGGGUCCACCUCCAUCUGGCCUGCACGCUGCCAUGCGGGACGGACAGAAUGCAGAGGAAUGAAGCGGAGACCUCGACAGACCCGUCGCCAAGUGGAGCCUUUUGUUUUCUUACUUUAAUUUUAAUGAACCAGGUGGCCCGAAGGGCCAGCCCAGCCCCUCGGCCAGGAUCCUGGAGCGCCUGCUGACGGGGGCCACACAGCCAGCUCCGCGCUGCCCUGCCGCCAGCCCUGGCCUGGUGGGAAGCGCUGGGGUGGGCGCUGGGGUGUGGGUAGAGGAGGAGGCCUGGCACCUGUGCUCGCAGGGCAGGAGAUCCGGGGGCGUGAAAAUACACACUAUUUAUUUUUGGUUUUGUUAGCGGCAGGCAGGAUGUUGGAGAUGGGGCCGGAAGAGCCCGCUCUGCGGUGGCAGCCCCGAGUACAGAGGGCCCAGGCCCUUUGCCCUGAAAGGUGGCCUGGGGGCCCACAGAGGGGCGCACCCUGUGCCCCCCUGCCACCAUUGCCAUUCCAGAACCUCAUGCAGUGUUUCCGAGUCUGGGGGGCCAGGCCUAGAGAGUGCGCUCGUCUGGCGGCUGCUAUCGUGUCCUACCCCGCACUGACCCUUACACCACAAGGGCUUUCUCUGGUCCCUGUCCCCCAGACAGUGGUCCCUUCCUGACAAAGAGCCUGCACAUGUGGGUGAGCAACCCAAGCUGUUUACAGCUCUUUGUGGUCCUGCCAGCGGAGCGGUUAGUCUUCAUCUCCACGAGAACACAGUGCAGCGGAACCGGAGCGGGUGAGGCGGGCCCGUGGGUGCCUGACACCCGCGCCCUCCCUCCCCUUUGCUCUGAACAUUCCUUACCCUUCCCGACCCCUCUGAGAGGCUGGGAACUGCCCGGGCACCCUGGAGCCUCUUUUGGGGUGUGGCACAGAGCCCCACUGUCCAGCUCAGAGGACGGCUCCUCCUCAAGGGACUUGAUCUCUCCGUCUCUGUGAAGUGGAGUUAUGGAGUGGACAUGCUUCCAGACUCUUGGAAGUUUCUAGAACUGAACCAGGCUGCUCGGGACCUGUGUUCGAACCCCGCCCCUCCUUUCUUUGUGGAGGUUCGUAAUCUGCUGCUGAAGCACAAUGUUCGGUGCUUUCCUUUCUCAGUUGUUAAAGACCGUGUCCAAAAGCCAUUCCAGAGGCCGGGGCCAGGGGCCUGUUUCUAGGGAAGGUUGGUCAGUCCCCACAUUCCCAACCCCCCUUCCUUCUUAUUUUUUACAUUUUGCCUGAGACAAGCCAAGUGUGAGGUGGUUUGAUUUAAGAAAAAUCAAUGAAAUUGUUUACUAUUGUUUUAAAAUAAAAUCCUGAACUCUGGCA